AUGUUAGUCGCGUCGAGGCUGCGCAAUGGCCUAGGCCUGCUUGUGCCUUUGACACUGGCUUGCUCAAUCUACCUAUAUCUUUAUCCCUUCUUUGAGCGAUGCGCAUUCCCAAUACCGUCGCGGGAUGCUACCGAGGCCUUUGAAGGAACCAAAAAGCUUCAUUGGCCGUUUGCCGAUGAAGAGUCACUGGCCAACAUCCCCACGAAGCAAGCUCCCUUUCGCCUACUAGCUCUCGGCGACCCGCAGCUCGAAGGCGACACCUCCAUUCCCAUUGCCUAUGCGGGCUUCAUGCCGCAUGUGCCCCUGCUAUUCAAGCAGCUGACUUUUCAAACAUGGCAUCAAUCCCUCAAAGAGCGCAUCCGAUGGUCCAUGCACGACCUCGUCGACAUCUUCUUCGAUGACAUUCCCAACAUUCUCGAAUCCGCGCGCAAAGUAUUUGACCUUUUCGGCAACGACUUCUACCUUUCCCACAUUUAUAAAACUCUGCAUUGGUGGACAAAACCGACGCAUGUCAGUGUUCUUGGUGACCUCCUUGGGAGUCAGUGGAUCGAGGAUGACGAGUUUGAACGACGAGGCCGCCGAUUUUGGAACAGGACAUUCAAGGGCGGGGAGCGCGUCCCGGACGACGUGGCCGUUUUCCCAGCCCACGAAUACAACCUCACUGGCUUCCUCAAUGGUUCACCGGAAGAAGAUGUCUGGAAGAAGCGCAUCAUCAACAUCGCCGGCAAUCACGACAUUGGCUAUGCUGGAGACUUGACUGAGGAGCGCCUCCAGAGAUUUGAGCGCGUUUUCGGCAAGGCUAAUUACGAACUGCGAUUCGAGCUCCCCGUUAGCGAUCCUGAGCAUAAUGCGACCAUCGUCAACGCAGAAACGAAUCCAGACUCGAAGCGAUUAGCCCCCGAACUCAGGAUCGUAGUCCUAAAUGAUAUGAACCUGGACACGCCCGCCAAAUCCGUACCGUUGCAGGACGAGACGUACAAGUUUAUCAACUCUGUCAUUGGAACAUCAGCUGCCGUUGAGUUUGAUGGGCAUUUUACUCUCAUUCUUACACACAUUCCAAUGUACAAGCCUGCUGGCAUCUGUGUUGAUGCUCCGUUCUUUGACUUCCAUAGCCAAACCGAUGGCGGCGGGUUGAAAGAGCAAUACUUACUGAGCAGUGAUGCCAGCAAGGGCUUGCUAGAAGGCAUCUUCGGGGUUAGCGGAGACACGAAUGCCCCGUCCAACGGAUUGGGACGUAAAGGCAUGGUAAUGAAUGGGCAUGACCAUGAAGGCUGUGACACAUACCAUUUUAUAAACCAGACAAACGGCACUAACUCAUUUGAGAGGUCUUGGGAAACAGUCCGGUGGAGAGAUGCUAAAAUGAUGGACUUUCUUUCGCGUUCUGGCCUGCCAGGCCGCCGGGAAAUUACCGUGCGCAGUAUGAUGGGUGACUUUGGUGGCAACGCCGGUCUGCUGAGCAUGUGGUUCAACUUUGACACUUGGGAGUGGGAGCAUGAAUAUGUGGACUGCCCACUGGGCUCACAACACUUUUGGUGGCUGACUCACUUUUUGAUUUUUGGGACUAUUGCCUGUGCCGUUUCCUAUGUGGCAGUGCUAACCAUGAGCGCAGCCGGUGUUGAUAUUGAUGGCUAUAAUGCGAUUAUCGAGAAGUGGGUGCGGAAACAGGUACUCGCCGUUUGGGCACAGGCAGAGGCCAAAAUGCAUCGCAAGUGCACAAACGAUGACAAGGCACGGGACAAAAGCAGUCUCAAACCAAGCUAA